CAACAUUCUCAGGCGUGUGUUUCCUCCUUUCCUUUCCUCUCCUCUGGGCCACAAACUUUCUCGCACGAUAGAUUCCAUCUUUCCGUAGGCUGUCAACCCGUCUCUCCCUUUCCUCCUGAUCUCAUAUUUCUCUCCCAGAAAGAAAGAAUGCCCAACUGAUAAAUCCGAGGAAAUCUUAGAUUUCCCAUCCCUUUCUCUCUCUGUCUCUCUCCUCCCUCAGUCCAGCCUUUUGAGGUUCAUGGAUGGAAGAAGGCGAUAUGUUCUCGGGGUUAGGGGAUGGUGGGAUUCAGGUAGAUGGCAAGGUGCUGCAGACGUUUCAGAGAAGUUUCCGGCAAGUUCAGGACAUCCUAGAUCAGAACAGGUUGCUAAUCAACGAGAUAAACCAGAACCACGAAUCGAAGAUCCCGGAUAACUUGAGCCGAAAUGUUGGGUUGAUUAAAGAGCUGAACAACAACAUUAGAAGGGUUGUAGAUCUCUACUCCGAUCUUUCUACUGACUUUGCUCAGUCAAUGGAAACAACAACCUCCUUGGAUGGGGAAUCAACCGCGGUUUUGAGGACCAGUGGGAACAGUAAGCCCAGCCAGAAGAGGAAUAGGUUUGGCAAUUGAUUAAAACACUUUAAGGUUCUUAGAAAUUUUUCGUAUACAGUGUAAUAAGGGAAAGAAAGAACAAAUCUCUUUUUGUGUGUGAUCAAUGGUUAGGUUUCGACUAUUAGCAUUGCAGCUUCCAGUAUAUGACAUUCUGCUAAGUCCAUUGCUUCAAUUCAAUGUCUGUCUGUUGUACUGUCCUAUUGAAUCAAAUAAACUUCUAGUUUUGUUUCUCUA